UGCCUGUUAAAUUUUCCGGUAAAUUACUUAAACAAAUUAAUUGCAACUUGUAAGUUACUUAUAAUAACUUUUGUAUUUUAAAGGUAAACUUACCUUAAGAAUUUAAUAAAUUAUUUUGUUUGCAUGCUGAAUGUAUGCUUUGGUCACCAAUCACCACUGAAAAUGGAUGUGGAGGACGAGCACGAUAACACGAAUACAACUGCGUCCGCCAGUUCUGAUUGCAUCGAAAAUGCUCCUGGUCCAGUUGAAGUUACUGAACCAGCUGCUCAGCCAAAGCGGAAAAAAUCUGGUUAUAAUAGCUGCGCGGUUUCCCAUUGUCGGAACACGUCUAAAACACCAGGAAUCAGGAUGUUCGUAUUUCCGAAGGUGGAAGAUCGUACACGGCGGCGCCAGUGGACACAUCUGUGCAGAAGGAAAAACUGGCAACCCAAGGCUGGCGUUCGAAUGUGCAGUGCGCACUUCAUGGAAUCUGACUACAGAGGUUUAAAACGCCACCUUUUAAAAAAAAAGUGCUGUUCCGUCUCUGUUUGACUGUUUACCUCCGCACCUGCGACCAUCAAUCCAUGUUGCAAGGCAAAGGAAACACCGUCAAAUAGUGGACGCCUCCGCUAGUGUUCCUCGUGUAUUGUCUCCGGAGGAGCUGAAAACAGCUUACGACGAGGCUAUGGGGAAGAUUGUUGAAUUGUCCAUGUCGCUCUGGAAAGCGCGGGCAGAAGCGAGAGACGCUUCGAAGAAACUGGAAGAGACCACAAAGCGAUUGAAAUUUUCGGAAACAGUCCGAAACAAUCUGGACCUCCAUAUAUCGCUUCUCAAAGAAAAAAAAGAAUUACAGAAACAGUCUAUAGAGAAAACAGACCAGGAGUUAUGGAAAUUGAGAGAUGUGAUAAAAAAGUUGGAAUCCGAGAAGAAGAAUGUCGAGUCGGAAAGAGAUGCUACUCGCUUAGAAUGCACCGUUCAAGAAUCGCAGUUUAAAGAGUCUCUUGAGCUAGCAAAACGGGAAAAGCAAGAACUGGAGAAUGAUCUACAGACGUGCAGGGAGCUGGAGUUUCGGGUUGAGAAGUUUAAGGAUAACGACGCAGCUAUCAAGCACCUGACCGGCAUUCCCACGUAUGCGCUUCUGCAUACGCUCGUUUUUGAUUUUUUGGAUGGUAAAAAUUCCGAUUUUGUUGACCGGAUACCGAUUAGACGGUCCAAAAAUCAAAAUCCCGAUCGCUCACGAAAACGCGGCAAGACAAUGUCGUUGAGCUACUUUGAUCAGUAUUUCGUGACUUUGUUCAAAUAGAAAACUGGCUUGGCAGAUGGACUGAUCUCGACAUUAUUCGAUGUCAGUCAGGUUACGGUAGGGGAAUAUUACAAUUGCUGGAUGAACGUUAUGCGGGAAAAAUUCAGUAAAAUUGCCGCAUGGCCGGAUUGUCGCCAGCCCCUGAAUCUGGGAUUUUAUCAUUCAAAAACACAUCAAGAAGGCAUAUUGGUUCUGCAUUGCUUCGAAAUGCGUUUGCCUAAGCAGAAACGUUUUGGCAAUGCUGCAGACGUUCCCACAGUUAAGGUUUUGAUUGUUACUGAACCGGAUGAAAAUGUUUCUUUCAUAUCAAAUAUCUAUCCCGGAAACUUCUCCGACCUGGAGGUUUUAAAGCGCACGAAACUUAUCGAUUUAUUAAAACCUGGAAGUAUUAUUUUGGACAACUGUGGACUUCCGGUGCAGAAUGAUGCUGGAAUCAGAGGAUUAACAUGGAUGGCGAAAGGAAACGACGUGAUGUCGCAAAUAGAGGAUGAUUUGACGGGUAAGGUUUACCGUCUGAAACUGUUCGUUGAAAGGGCAGUUGGAAAAAUGGAGUUUUGGAAAUCUCUAAGCGGCCCUCUGGAAAUCGACUGGCUCGAAAGAGAAAACAGAGAAGUCCAGGCAGUUUUCCGUAUUUGCAUGCUUGCUGUGCAGCACAGCGCAGUGAAUCGGCGGUCGGAUGAUAGAACAGGACAGCGCAUCGCUAGUGGGACUGUCGAUUGCGUGAGUUCAGAUUGCCACGCCGGUUGAUCUCGCUAAAGAUGACUUGUGAUAACUGAGAAUGUUUUGGGUUGUAAUAAAUGGUGCGCUUACCAAGUUGUGUGGAGUUCAUUUCAAAAUGGAGUGGAAACGUGAACUGUGUAGCUCGUGUUCAGCAGUAUCUAAUGAGUUUCCAAAUUGCAUACUACAGACAGGUAUUCCACGAUGGCUUUCGAAUUUCAUUACUGGAUGACAUUUUGCGCGAUUACUUUUUGUAGUUGUUGUAGCAGUAUUAAUGGAAUGGACAUCCGAAGGUUGCUGUAGCCUGAAGGAAUGUCGACGUGCGAAGAAUUCAAGCGAAAACCUUUCCGUUUUCGAAAUUUUG